AGGCUAGGCUUCUUCAGCUGAUGCUACUGCAAUAAUGGACCCUUGCUAAGGAUGGGUCGGGCGGACUUGGCUCCGUUGAUCCUAUUCUCAGUGGGUAGUAUCGUACCACCGACCAAUCAAUCUCAUCUGACAUUGAUGGGAAGUCCCUUUGUAGACGACUAGCGAGAAUAACAAAUACUCUGGUCAUCUUCAUCUGUCUCAGUGUCUACAACUCUCUCUCGUUUGUAAGUUCCGCUGUCAGACGUUGAGCCCGGGAGACUCAACGAUACACUCUUCGCCAUCCCCCUCGCGACCGACACAUGUGAUCAGAGGAACCAUCGCUUUCGACAGAGCAAGGUCACGGCAUAGUCGAGCAGGCGGUCAGCCAUGAGUACGGUUGGCACAAGGAUACGUCGUUCCUCAUUUGCGUCAUCCACGACAGAUGAAGCGGUCGCCGACGACUCUAGUCACGAUGCGAUGGCUCCAAUCAUCACCGAAACUGGAUUCAUCAUUCCUGCUUCUGCCCGACCCAUCAUAGACGCCCUUGCUAGAAAGUCUGGGUCGUUCAAGCUGCAUCAGCGAACAGUCAUAACUAUCGAUACGAUCACCAAGAGCGAUUUGGAAAGCUCACCAGAAGACCCGGAACCCGAUAUUGAGACAGUUGUGACCUAUGCGCCGGUCGACCUCUGCUCAACUCAGCGCUUGUCUUCGUCUCCAUACGAUUCUAUGCCAUUCUCCAGUGGAAUCAAAGCCAAUCACUGCGCAAAACACGUACAGGAUGUGCAAUUGGCCAAUUUAAGCACAGCUCCAUGGAUGGUUCAAACAGCCUGGAUGGCCGAAUAUGAGAUUCCUGAAAGCCCUUCCCGAUGGGCGAGUGCUUCAUUCAUCGGCAUUCGCCAUAGAGCGCGGCUGAUGAUUGCAAACGAAGCACCACUAGAAUCAAUAAUCGGACCUACCUCACUGCACAGGCUCCUUGAUGACCGCGUUAGAGAUCCAGACCUGCAAUGGAAUGUAUCCGACUGGGCGCAAGAUUUCAUGAGCAAUUUUCCACACAUGAAUAUCUCAGAUAAAGUCGCAUGUUGGGCAAUUCUAUGGAAGGUCCUUCGAUGGCAGACCUUCCAAUCAAGAGCGACUUUCGAACAAGUACCCGGAUGGUGUCGGCCCAGUCCUUCGGAAAUGUUUUGUCCGCACAUGCCUAUCAUCAUUUGUCUUGCAUGGCCCAAACUGCGUCGUUUCUUCGUCGAACAAGCCAGUAAUGCAGACUGGGUGCAAGCUGUUAUGGGCAGUAUUUCGGUGUCGUGGCCGUAUGGCGAAGAGACGGUCUUCAAGACCGAGGCGAAUGGCGCCCUGGCGAUGAGCGACGCUUUUGAGGCUUGGAUCAAUGAUGGCAGUAACUGGUCAUUGAGCGCUGCCUCCGCUAGAGCCAUGAUUGGUAUUGAAGGUAGAGCGCGUGUAAGAUGA